GACUACUUAGAAUUUUAAGACACUGAUAAAUCUUAUUUACUUCUUUAAUAAUUGAGAUAGUUUAAUAAUAAUUUAUUGAAAAAAGUAAUGAUACAAUAAGUUAAAGAUUUAAAGACCAUUCUAUCAAAUGAGGUUAGUAGUUUAUAAUUUAAUGGAUCAGAUUAAAUGUUCAUAAAUGAAAUAGAAGCAUUAUAAUUUAAGGACGAGUUUAUUAAACUUAUUCGCUAAUGUGUAAACCAAAUAAACUCAAAGCUGUAAAAAGAUAGAGAAACAAUUCUCUAGAAUUACUAAAAAAUAUUCAGUCCUAAAAAAGUUGGCUAAAAGAAAUUAGAUCAAAUAAGAGAUUUGAUUGAGGAAAGCGAGAUCAACAAAGCUCUUUAGUAAGUUAAGAGGAAAUAUGAAUUGAUUUUGCUUAAUUUUUAAAGUAAUAAUGAGCCAUUUAAUUUAUAGUUUAUAUCUCCUUUAACUUUAGAUUAAAACAUUAAAUCUAUAUUUCGCCUUCAUGAAGAAUUUUAUAUGACAUCAUAAUUUUCUUUAAAUGAAAAUUGUAAUUAAUUUAUUAAGAGGUAUAAAAGUAUUAUCAGUAAUGAAUAAUGUCCUUUAAUAAUGUUUGAUAGAUUUUCAAUCAAUUUAUUGCUUAAAAAUUCAGAUGACAACACAGAAGAAAUAAAUAAGCAAGAUUUUGAGCUUUAUAUGAAUGGUUUCAAUAUGCUAUCUUCUAAUGAACUUGUUAUUACUGCAGCCUACUUACAAUAAAAUGUAAUGUUAGGUCUAGGACGCUAAAAAAUAAUGAAAAUUACUUAAAAUGUUAAGAGAAUCCUAUUAGAAUCGAGUGGAAUUGAGUGUUUUGAUUUUAUCUUCAAAAGUAAAUAAAUAAAUUAUUUAUAAAUAAAUCGAAUGUACAUGUGUUAAAUGUAUGACUUUGCUAAUUUCUUUGACAAUAUGGAUGAAUAGCAAGUAGAUAUAGGAGAAAUAGUUAUAUCUGAUAUACCUAAGACACAAGAUAUACUAGAUAUUUCAUAUUUCUUAUCCUAUUACUAAUAGCUCUUAAAUUAUUAAUUCUUACUACGUAUCUAUGCUGAAGAUGAAUAAAAACCUACCUAUGGUUUCUAUUAAAAGCCUAAUAUAAAAUCUUAGAUUUAAGAAAACAUUUAAGAAAAUCAAAAUGAAGACAUUGAUGUAUACUUAAAAACAAAACAAUAAGAGUAAUUAUAUGAAAACAAAUAAGAAGAAUAAUUAUUAAAUAGAAAAUUUAAUUUUUUUGGCUAACCAUGUUAUGAAAUUAAUCUUUUAAUAAAUGAAGAAAUAUCCUCGAUAUUUAAUCUUAAAUAUUCUUCCUAAUUAAUGGCAAUUACUAUAGAUAAACUUUUCAAAGGACAAUUUUCUAUCUACAGAAUUUUAUAUGAUUUAUAUCAGAUCUGA